AUGCAUAGCGCUGAAAGACUAAGCCCAGUUCUUUUCACUGUUUUGUUUUAUACAUGGACUGUACAAUCCCGAAACGUCCUGUUAAUCAUUGCCGAUGAUGCUGGCUUCGAGACGGAGGUUUACAACAACAGCGUGGUCCGCACUCCCCACCUCACCGCUCUGUCACAGCGCAGUGUAAUAUUCAAACACGCAUUCACCUCCGUCAGCAGCUGCUCCCCGAGCCGAUCAACCAUCCUCACCGGCCUGCCGCAGCAUCAGAAUGGCAUGUACGGCCUGCAUCAGAGUGUCCACCAUUUCAACUCGUUUGAUGGUGUGCAGAGUUUGCCCCUGCUCCUGAAACAGGCAAACAUCCGCACAGGUAUUAUCGGUAAGAAGCAUGUUGGUCCGGGGCCCGUCUACCCGUUCGACGUCGCCCACACUGAAGAGAACGGUUCCGUGCUGCAGGUGGGGCGGAACAUCACCAAGAUCAAGCUGCUGGUGCGAGACUUCCUCCGGAGCCACAAGGAGACGGAGAAGCAGCAGGAUGAGAAGCUUCCCUUCUUCCUCUACGUGGCGUUCCACGACCCGCACCGCUGUGGCCAUUCGCAGCCGCAGUACGGAGCCUUCUGUGAGAAGUUUGGGAACGGCGAUCCGGGGAUGGGGUUCAUUCCAGACUGGCAGCCGGAGUACUACAGCCCAGAUCAAGUCAAGGUUCCUGCUUUCAUUCCGGAUACUCCUGUAGCACGAGCAGACUUGGCUGCCCAGUACACGACAGUCAGCAGGCUGGAUCAGGGUAUCGGCCUGGUUCUGCAGGAACUGAGCAGCGCUGGGUUUGAAGAGGACACUCUGGUGAUCUACAGCUCUGAUAACGGGAUCCCGUUCCCCAACGGCCGGACUAAUCUCUACACGAGCGGCGUUAGCGAGCCCAUGCUCAUCUCCUCUCCCGUGCACAGGCAGCGCUGGGGACAAGUCAGCGACGCCUACGUUAGCCUUCUGGACGUGACUCCCACCAUCCUGGACUGGUUCUCCGUCCCCUAUCCCUCCUACAGCAUUGAGAGAGGCGGGCCACUGGUGCAGCUGACGGGUCGUUCCCUGAUGCCCGCCCUCAGCACCGAGCCCUCCUCCUGGGCCACCGUCUACUUCAGCCAGAGUCUCCACGAGGCCACCAUGUACUAUCCCAUGAGGUCUGUGUACCAGGGCCCGUUCCACCUGGUCCACAACCUCCACUACCGCAUGCCGUUCCCCAUCGACCAGGACCUGUACGUGUCUCCCACCUUCACGGACCUCCUGAACCGCACACAGGCGGGCCGGCCCACGGGCUGGAUCAAGACGCUCCGGGACUACUACUAUCGACACCGCUGGGAGCUGUACGACACGCGCUCCGAUCCCACGGAGACUAGAAACCUGGCGUCCGAUCCUGCUUACGGGGACGUCCUGGAGGCGCUCAGAGACCUGCUGCUGAAGUGGCAGUGGAGCACGGGGGACCCCUGGGUGUGCAGCCCAGACGCCGUGCUGGAGGCCAAGAUGCAGCCGCAGUGUAGGACGCUGCAUAAUGAGCUGUGACUGUAGCGCAGGGACGAGCCUGAUAAACCAGCCUAAAUGUGAGAUUGGAUGUGUAAUUUAGUCUGGCCCCGAUGAAUAGUACAUCCAAAGAUUGUUGAUGAGAGCAACCCGUUGUGUUUCAAACUGUGCCUGUGCCUAUAGGCCAACGCUCUGACCAAUCAGCGAUAUCUUUCUCAUUGAUGUGCUUUCCCAGCGUUGCAAGCUUCGCUGUCACUCCCUCAAAACCCUUCCCGCUUCGAUUCAAAACAAAUCUCUGCGUUGUGAUUGGUUUGCCAGAUUCAGGGCAAUAUGUUCAAAAUGUUCGACCGAUCCGAGGCCAGACACACUCGCAGGCAAAAAAAAGCGGGUGGCGCUGGUUUACGAGGCUAGGUAGGGCCCUAAAUUAAGGUUUUUGACCACCAGCCAACAUGGCUAGUAGAUAUUAAUCUUACUAGCCAAGCACACGCUCACUAAUGGUUCAAAGUGGCUAGCAAGUUGGUCUUUUUUAACAGUGAAACUGAAAUUUCACCAGCAUUUGUCCGGUUGGCUGGUGUUCAUUUAGUGCUCUGACUGUAGAUCAGACGGCAGGUGUUGGAAGAGCUAAAAUGCUGCUGAGUCUCGCCUGGAAAUCACACAACAGAGGCGACGAACGCCGUGAAACAUUCAACCUUAAACAUUCAAUAAGGGAGAGUGACCAACCAAAGCUCACGUUUAUAUAAAAGUGAACAUUCCAUUGGCUUCCGCCAGACGGCAUCAUAGCUCAUUGCAUAUUUCUAGCUGAAAUUCAACUCUUUUAAACAGUUCAUCAAAUUAAAUAAUGCUUUGGACGCGCUCUGCGCUAGAAAUGCCUUUGCAGCUCUCGCAUCUUCUGCUGCUUGCUCUUCCAUACGUCAAUUACUUCCACCUCUUGCCACGCCUUCACCCAGGGCUGUGUGUUAUUCCCGAGGUAUCUGCUGCUGUCUGUCCUGGGGGAGAUUAUUUUAAAUGCAGUCAUGUAAUAUUCAUAUUGUAUAUUUUAAACAUUGCCUCAUUGCCUUUUUGUGUGUGUGUGUG